ACAAUGUGUUGUUUAAACAUAUUGUUUUGUGAUGCUUCAGACAAUAUGCAUUCUAGCAUUCACGUUCUAGCAUUCACAAAGACUAUGGGAUGGAAUUAUGUUUUGAGAUUUUAUUUUAAAAGGCACAGAAAAACAUAUCUGAGGUUUGCUGGUAGAUGGUUACAGAGCACUGCUGCAGUGACCACAGAAGAAUGAUCACGUUCCUGUUUUAGCUGAGAUCAACGAACGGUCAGCAGUAACUAUGAGGGAGACCUUAAGCACCUUUCAGGGUAGCCAAGGACACUGUACAACUACGCUUAAUACAUGCUAAACAGUGUAGUAGAAGUAGUAGUAGUAGUAGUAGUAGUAAUAAUAAUAGUAAUAAAAUUUAAAUCAAGGGGAAAAAAGGAAAAGUGAAUCACAUGGUUAGAUAUAACAAAGGUACAGUUCACACAUUCAUAUUCAUUUAUUUAAUAGGUGGUAAAGCACGGUGAUGGGGUUUUAGCUGUGUGUGAUGGAAAGGAAGAAUAUUGCACACUUUGGGCCAGCCACUCUAAAAGCCGUAUUUUCCAUGGCGCAGAGCCGAGAAGAACAGACAGAAAGCAGAUGAAGUAUCUGAAGAUUGGAGUGUGUGCAGGUGAGCAUGGAAGAAGAGGGUUAGAUCUUUCCUCUCAGUGAUCAGGAUUUUAUUUUUUUAUUUUUUUCGGGGGGGUUUUUAUUUUUUUAUUUUUUUCGCAGUCUUAAGAACUGCACUCCAACAUGGCUAUGUCUGGUCCUGUUUCAAUCCAGUGCUAUGGGCAGUGAGCUUCCUAAAAUAGCUCUGCUCCUCCUACUUUAGCUCAAUAACACACACCGUGCACUCCAGACUGAGCUGCACAAUGGAAAGAAACCUUCAAAACAAACAGGCCUAGUUUACAAGAGAGACAAGAGGAUCGACUGAGUAAGGCAGCCUGAGUUUAUUGUGCUAGCAACACUUAAACCUUAUUGGAGUCUGCCAAGUAACAAGUCUUCUAGUGAUCACUUAAAAUGCCACUUUUUGUUAAUUAUAUGGACUAAAAGCAAAAACGUAAGUGAAAGUUCUGAUAAAUCUGCUCUGGACUGAGUCUAGAAGUAUGGAUGCUCUCUGGGAGACUCUUUCAGCAUUACUCCUCAGUCUAUUCUCAUGGAUAAAGUACAGUUUCGACUAUAUUCAAAGAUGUUUUGGGUUCAAGAGUGAUUUAACAUGGGUUAUGCAGAAUCUGAACAGAUUUACAAUGUGGAGUCGUUCUCAUGCUGAUAAGAUGAGGAGUAUGCCUGAUGGCAGCCAAAGAGACAGAUGGAAAAUGGACCAGGAAGCUAGGACAUAUCGUUACCAUGGAAAUGGACCCAUGUUUACCAUCCAGACCAGCACAUACAUUUUCUAUGUUGAUGUGGAGAGGCUGGCAGACUGUAGCGAGUACUUCAGGGCUCUGUAUAACUCCUGCAUGAGAGAAAGUGCAGAGCGUCUAGUGAUCCUGUCCCACGUGCCCUCCAGAGUGUUCCACAACCUCCUGCAGUUUUGCUUCCUACAAAGAUUCUGCGUUCCUUAUAAUCUUCUAGAGGAGCAUUUGCGUGUCAGCACAUAUCUGUUGGUCCCUGAUUUCACUCGUUGCCUGCUGUCGUCUCUGUACGAAAUCCUCACUGAGCAAACGUUCCUGCAUUACCUGCAGCUGGCUGAGGAGCUGAGCAGUGUUGAGCUCCACGAAACUGUGCUUAUGUACCUGAGCACAAACCUUCUAGAGCUUCCUCACUUGAGCAGGAGCCUGGACCUCCACCUACAGCAGAAGAUCCUUCAGAUCCGGUCAAAGGGCUCACCUCGGCUGUGCUGCCUGAGGAAAGAGAAUCUGAUUUCACGAAACGUUCGAGAAACAGAGUCUGCAAGGAGGCUUUUCAGGCUGGAUGAGGAUGAUGGGAAAUGGAGCGCUGUUAUAGAUUUGCCAUUUAGUGCAGAUAAGUGGUGCUUCACCACAGCAGUCCUGUUUAACUACCUCUACCUCAUUGGUGGGUUCCGGCAACACAUGAAGAGGAGAUAUGAGUUCAAGAUGGCCUCCUUCCGAUAUAAUCCUUUAACAAAUAAAUGGGUAUCGACGGCCCCUCUCAUCAAGCACAGGCGCCACUUCAGUGCAGCGGUGUGUGAGGGGCAUAUCUACGCUGUAGGGGGCUGGUAUCUGGACUCCCUGGUGACUCCUGACUCCAGCACAGGAGUAUAUACAGCAGUGGAGAGAUAUGACCCUUGGACAGAUUCUUGGGCUUUUGUCUCUUCACUCCCUCUGUCAGACUUUCAGUUUACCCUUUCCCUCUCCCAUGAUUCCCCCCUCACCACCAGCCUAGGAACAAGCCUCUAUGUGCUGGGGAACAUCCGGAGAACUGGAGAGAAACUAGUACUACGCUAUGAUACCACACAAGACUGCUGGAGUGAGUUGCUUCCUACCCUCACACGCAUUGAUGCAGAUAUGCCCAGCCUCUGCUUCCUGGGAUCCACCGACAGGUUGAUUGUGAUUGGUGGAAACAAUGUUGAAACUGUGGUCACGUCAUUCUGUGUGGAGACCCGGAAGUGGGGUCAGAUCCGAAGCAUGGAGAAGACGGCUUUAAUCGGCCAAGGCACGGUGUUCAAUGAAGAAGUCUACAUGUCGGGAAAUCAGGACAUGAUCUGUCGGCUAAACAUUCACUCUCUGUCUCUGUCCACCCUUCCCUCACUUCCUGUCUGUACUUGCUAUGAGAGCUUUUUCCAUCUCUUUUUCUGAAUCAUUUACAGUGCCCUCCACUAAUAUUGGCACCCUUGGGAAAUAUGAGCAAAGAAGGCUGUGAAAACUUGUCUUUCUUGUUUAACCUUUUGAUCUUUUCUUCAAAAAAUUCACAACAAUACUCUGCUCUCAUGGAUAUCAAACAGUUGCAAACACAACGCAGGCUUAAACAAAAACAUCUUUGUUAAAUAUAGAUGUGCAAAAAUUAUUGGCACCCCUAUGAAUUCAUAUGAGAACAAUAUAUUUGAAGUAUAUUCACAUUAACAUUUUACAUUUUGUUAAGUACACUUGGGUGACUAGGAACCGGAAAUUGUUCAACAAUGACUUCCUGUUUCACAGGGGUAUAAAUAUGAGGUAACACACGGGCCAAAUUCCCUUAGUCAUUCAUAACAAUGGGUAAGACCAACGAUUAUAGCUGUGAUUUGCGGCAAAAGGUUGUUGAGCUUCACAAAAUGGAAAGUGGCUUUAAGAAAAUAGCACAAGCAUUGAAAAUGCCCUUCCAUCAGGGCAAUAAUUAAAAAGUUCCAGGCAACUGGAAAUGUUAUGAAUCGACCUGUAAUUGGACACGUGUCUAUGUUGUCUCAACGCACUGUGAAGAGAAAGUUAGUUGCAUCUUGGGGUCAGAAAGUCUCCAAAACUACAAUCCGAAGUCACCUACAUUUUUUCAAGAAAAAAGCCUCUACUCUCAUCCAGAAAGCAUCGAGCAUCUUCAGUUUGUCAGACACUACUGGAACUUCAAAUGGGAUCGGGUUCUAUGGUCAGAUGAAACCAAAAUAGAGCUUUUUGCCAAUAAACACCAGAGGUGGUUUUGGUGCACACAGAGAGGUAGCCAUAUGGAAAAGUACCUCAUGCCCACGGUUAAAUAUGGUGGUGCCUCUUUAAUGUUUUGAGACUGUUUUUCAGCUUGAAGACCUGGACAUGUUGUUAGGAUACAUGGCAUCAUGGACUCAAAUAUCAAAUAUGAACAGAUAUUAAAUGAAAACCUGACUGCCUCUGCCAGAAGGCUUAAAAUUGGCCAUGGCUGGAUCUUCCAGCAGGACAAUGAUCCAAAACAUGCAUCAAAAUCAACACAAAAAUGGUUUACUGACCACAAAAUCAAGGUCCUGCCAUGACCAUCCCAGUCCCCUGACCUGAACCCCAUAGAAAACCAGUGGGGUGAACUGAAGAGGAGAGUCCACCAGCGUGGACCUCGAAAUUUGAAGGACAUGGAGAGAUUCUGUAUGGAGGAACGGUCUCAGAUCCCUUGCCAUGUAUUCUCCAAUCUCAUCAGGCAUUAUAGGAGAAGACUUGGAAAAGGGAGGUAGCACAAAGUAUUGACUAAAAGGGGACCUGUUUUGGAUAAACCUGUGUUUUGUUUGCAAUUGUUUGAUAUCCAUGUGAGCAGAGUAUUUUUGUGAUUUUUUUUAAACAAAAGAUCAAAAGGUUCAACAUUAAAGACAAUUUUUUCAUAGCCUUCUUUGCUCAUAUUUACCAAGGGUGCCAAUAUUAAUGGAGGGCACUGUAUACCUUCCAGGGCCUAUGCAUUUGGUAGUUUGCUAAAUACCUUCUGGAUUUGUCUACUUGUUUAGGGAUGCUUUGAGAACACCUACUGGAAUCAAAUAUUACUUGUAGACUGUCCUAUGACCACGUGGUGGUUAAAUAAAAUCCUUUCACUUUCCAACCUCACAAUAUGUUUGCCAAGAGUGAUUGUUUUACCUAAUACACUGACAUUCCUUAUUAGCAUACAGCAGCUGAGAAUACACCACACAGCUAAGGAUACAUGGAAACUCUAGCAUAUACUUUUUGGGCUCUUCCUCCUGUGCUUUGCAGCAAU